UGUUGGGAAAAAUAGUAACAUUAUUCUAGUUUUACUAUUCAAGUGUGAACGUUGAGAUGAGGUGCUAAAACAAAAAACGGAUCUGAAUUUCUAAAUCGUAUUUCUAAGAUGGUGAUGUUUUUUUCUCUCCUUGUAUUUUUUUCAUUUACGAUCACCCAAGAUGUUGCAGUAUCAGACAAAGAAUACGCCCUUUUACCUCCAGUUUUUGACGCUGACAACUUUGACAGAUGUCUUCUUUUCGAAGACGAGGCCCUAUAUUGUUUCGUAGAAUACCACUUGAAACCCUUAGAUCCGAAAAACACCAGUAAAACAUGGAACAACAUACAAGAAUUAUCGGAUAAUGAGAAAAACUACAGGCAUGAUCAUUUGAGACAUGGCGUCUGCAUUCCCUUGGCUUGUCCCAACAUCACAAUACCACACGAUGACCCAGCGUUCAGACAAGAUUUGGCAAGUUGUCUCAACAAGAAAUACGAACACAUGGGAAUAUACGGAACCAUAGAACAAGAUUAUUGUCAAACGACAGAACCACCGAAUUUCGACUUUUUCGAUUUUACAGUUGCUUUUUUCACAAUCGCUUACAUACUUUUCGUACUUUCCGUCACAUAUUACGAUUAUUCGUCGAGGUACAGAAGAACACCUGAAGAAUACAAGCGGAUAUUUUCAACCCAACGUGGAAAAGUCUUCAGCUGUUUUUCAUUAAUCAAAAACUGGGAGCGAUUUACAACCGUCGAUUGGACACCAGAAAAUGUCAGAUGUAGAUCUCUUCAAGGUUUCAGAUUCUAUAAUAUGUGUAUAAUAAUCUUUCUGCAUACUAUAAUGAUGUUCAUAAUUGGGCCAGUCACCAACACCAAGUUCGUUGAAAAUUUGUACCAUAAUCCAGCUGUCAUAGUGCUAGCUAGUGGUCCCUAUGGUGUUUUCACUUUUUUCAUAGUAUCUGCACUGUUAUUAACAAUAAAUCUCAAGAAAGAGUUUGAUGAAAACAGUAAGAAAGAAUUGAAUUUGAAGACUGUUCUAUUGAUUAUCAUCUAUAGGUAUAUAAGAUUAACACCUUGUGUGGCUGUGAUUCUGCUGUUCCACUCUACCAUCUUGUAUCACGCAGGCGCAGGACCUUGGUGGGAUGACUACAUGGGAAUUGACAGGAGAAAUUGUAGAGAAAACGGCUGGACUAACUUACUAUACCUCAACAAUUGGAUAAAUCCCAGCAGAAUGUGUCUGAUCGAAACAUGGUAUCUAUCAGUUGACAUGCAAAAUUUCAUCUUGGUGCUUAUUCUGCUUUAUUUCACAUUGAAGAAUCCGAGACGUUUUUGGAAAUUUCUUAUAGUAGGAUGGAUAGUGAACAUUUUUUUCAUGGGAUGGCAUUUGUACAGAAAGCAGUUGUACCACUUCUUUAGUCCAAAUCCGGAGAAUUUAUAUAAAUUGUCAGCCUUAUUCGAAGAAGAUGGUGUGUGGAUCAAUUCGUUGACAUAUCCUCCCAUGAAUCUGGCUGGUAGUUUUUUCGGAACAGCAGCAGGUUACUUAGCUUAUAAAUUCAAUAAAGUGGAUUGGCUCUCUUCGCCAACUAUGCAUUUUAUUUGGCAUACCAGUGUAUAUGGAGUAGCAUUAGGAAUCAUAAUACUUCCUGGAAUGUGGAUUUUCUCUGAUAAUUACUAUGACUCAUAUUGGUUCUCAAUACCCUACCUGACACUUUCACCAACAAUUUACAGUAUGGCCAUAACUAUAGGCCUUAUGGGUGUAUCUUCAGGCCACGGAUGGGUAACCAAAUACGUACUUGAAUGGCCACCAAUUUACUACAUUGGCAGAAUUAGUUACACCACUUAUCUCGCGCAUUACUGCUUGCUCUUUUACGAAUUGGCUUCCAGGAGAUAUUUAAUAAGUAUUGAUCCUAUAAGCAUAUUGUUUGACUUUGCAAGACUCUUGUCUUUGAGCCUGUUAUUCGGAUUAGUGUUAUCAUUAAUGGUAGAAUAUCCUACAUCUGCACUUUCUUCCCUAUACUUAAAAAAGAAAUUCAGGAAGCCUGAAGAUGAGGAUAAUAUUAAAAAUGAAAUAAUGAAUGGAACAAAUAAUACUGAUAUAAAACAAAAAACUUCAUAGUUCUCGAGAAUUUAAGGAAUUUGUAAAUUUGUAACGAUAACGCCUGAUAAAAAGUGGAGUACCUGAAUAUAUUUGUGUUAUCUUUGAUUCAAAAUAAUUAGCACUUAUUGA